AACCGACGCUGAGUAGGGAUCGGAUAAAGACGCGUUCUGUGGCAUCUGCCAAAACUCCCGACCACUCCGCUCACAAUUGUCAACGGAGAGACAGUAGCCCGCAAACAGCGGACACCUGACAGGCAGCAGAAGGGCUAAAGCAAGAGGCAACAUAAUACAUUUAGCCGUAAAAUGCAACAGUCUUUGUUGGAUUAAAACAUCAUUCAAAGAUAAGCGUCGUAUAGGCAGUGAAACAAGGACGAACGCCGGUGCUGAAGCUCAACUGCGACUAGGGAGGUGUAGACGGGAAUACUCAAAAGAUCGAAUUUGUCUGUGAUGAGAAUCGCCAUCCACCAGAGACCUAAGGCAGAGGAAGUGAUGUCCGGUCACCACAAUCGCUUCGAGAGGGAGUACCGGGGGACACCGUGGGAGAGGCGGGACAUCGUCCGUUCGGCCGGCCUCCUUAAUGGAGCGGGAGCCAAUAACUGCUGCGCCGCCGCUGUCGGCAAUGGAAACAACCGUCCGGGACUCCUCCCACUGCCCGUCAUCCCCUCCCUCCUGCCCACCCCAGUUACGGUUGCUGUGACGACGUCAAGUGGUGGUGACAUGGUCGUCAAGCGUCAAGGAGGGGUCACGAUCGCUGUCGCUGGUUCUGCCAAGGUGUCAGGUGGGUCUCCAGGGGAGAGGGAGAGCCAGGCUCCAGGUCUGCUGUUAGCGCCAGGGGUGAAGUGGGGACAGACGCCCAUCAACCAGCUCACACCCUGGGAGACGGAAGAACCCCCUGCCAAACAGCAGCACAGAGAUAGUGAAUCCACAGGUCCUACGUGGGCACCUCCAGUAGUAACAGUGACCCAAUCCAGUCUCCUGCCCCACUCCUAUUCCCUCCGCCCCCCCUCCUUCAGCCACAGUGUCACUGUCCAGUCGCCCAUCAUAGGUGUGACCCCCUCCAUCCAAUCCCCCAUGCCCCCCCACCCCCACCCACUCAUGACAGCCCACUUCCAGCUACCUCCACACUCCACCUCACACCAACCCCCCCCCAUGGUUCUCAAUAUGCCCCCCCAACCACCCUACCCCUUGGCCCAGCCCCCUGUCGCCUCCUUGCCCCUUUCCUCCACCUCAGGGGGUCCGGGUGGGACACACCCCAACCAACACAACCAAAAUGUGAUGGGGAACGGUCAUCUGAUGCCUCACCCCCUCAUACAGCCCCCCGUCCUGCCUCUGACCAAUGGGCAGUUGGUGCCGCCGCUUCCGUCUACUUUAGUAGCCUAUCAGGAUGAUCCUAGAGGGCCCAACGGGCUGCAGAUGCUGAGGACUGUGGGAAUGGGGAAGUACGAGUUCACAGACCCAGGACAUCCUAAAGAGAUGUUGAAGGAGUUGAACCAACAGCGCAGAGCGAAAGAGUUUACAGACCUGAAAAUAAUUGUUGAAGGCAAAGAGUUUGAAGUCCACCAAAAUGUUCUAGCUUCCUGCAGCCUUUAUUUCAAGGACCUGGUGAAAAGGUCGUCAGGGGAGACGAGGAGCGGGGAGAUGCUAGAGCUGCGGAUGAAUGACAUUGGAGCUGAUGUGUUGGAGCUGCUGCUGGAGUUUGUCUACACAGGUUCUCUGGUCAUAGACUCCGCUAACGCCAGGACACUGCUAGAAGCUGCCAACAAGUUCCAAUUCAACACCUUCUGCAGAGUCUGUGUGUCCUUCCUAGAGAAACAGCUAACAGUGGGGAACUGUCUAGGUGUGCUGGCCAUGGCUGAAGCUAUGCGAUGUACAGAGCUCCACAACAUGGCCAAAGCUUUUGCACUGCAGAACUUCCCUGAGGUGGCGGGGCAGGAGGAGAUUCUGUGUGUGUCUAAGGAGGACCUAGUGGCCUACCUCUCUAAUGACAGCCUCACCACCAAGGCUGAGGAACUGGUCUAUGAGACCGCCAUCAAGUGGAUCAAACAAGACCCCACCGCCAGAGUUCAGCAUGUGUCAGAGUUGUUAGCGGUGGUUCGUCUUCCCUUCAUUCACCCCUCUUACCUGCUGAACGUUGUGGAUAACGAGGACUUAAUAAAGACGUCAGAGGCGUGUCGAGACCUAGUCAACGAAGCCAAGAGGUAUCACAUGUUACCUCACGCCAGACAGGAGAUGCAGACUCCUAGGACACGACCACGGCUAUCUGCAGGUGUGGCAGAGGUGAUAGUGUUAAUCGGUGGUCGUCAGGCCAUCAGUAUGAACCAGCGCUCUCUGACGGCGGUGACAUGUUUUAACCCUCAGAACAGUAAGUGGUUCCCAUUGGCCAGCCUGCCCUUCUACGACAGAGAGUUCUUCAGCGUCAUCUCAGCUGGGGACAACAUCUACCUGUCAGGUGGGACAGAGUCGGGGGUGAUGGUAGCUGACGUGUGGUGCUACAUGUCUCUAUUGGACAACUGGAAUCUGAUGUCCCGUAUGACGGUGCCUCGCUGCAGACACAACAGUCUGGUCUACGAUGGGAAACUCUAUACCAUCGGAGGUCUGGGUGUGUCAGGAAACCUGGACCAUGUAGAGAGGUACGACACCAUAACCAACCAGUGGGCGAUGGUGUCUCCGCUCCCCAAGCCGGUGCACUCUGCAGCAGCCACAGUGUGUGGGGGGAAGGUGUAUGUGUUUGGAGGGGUGAACGAGGCGGGUCGAUCUGCAGGAGUACUACAGUCAUACGUCCCUCAGACCAACUCCUGGAGCUUCAUAGAGUCACCCAUGAUAGAUAAUAAGUACGCCCCGGCAGUCACUCUGAACGGACACGUGUUUAUUCUGGGAGGAGCGUACGCCCGGGCCACCACCAUCUAUGACCCGGACAAGGGUAACAUCAAAGCCGGACCUAAUAUGAACCACUCACGACAAUUCUGCAGUGCGGUGAUCCUGGAUGGUAAGAUCUAUGCGACGGGGGGCAUCGUGAGCAGCGAGGGUCCUGCCCUGGGUAACAUGGAGACCUUUGACCCCCACACUAACAACUGGACGCUCCUCCAGUCGCUGCCCUGCCCUCUCUUCAGACAUGGCUGUGUCGUCAUCAAGAAGUACAUCCAGAGUGGCUGAGACCGGUUUCCAUUUGUCUCAGGGGGAUGAAUGAGUUUCCAGAAAGCUAGCCAAUGUGGCAGUGUGUCUCUACCCAGACCACGGCACUCGUAGAACAGCAAAGUUAAUUUAGUGAAACAUAGAUUUGACAAUUAUUGUUUCUUCUCUCUGCUGUGGACCUGGGUUGUUUAGAGAAAAAGUGCCACGUUAGCUAUGAAGCUUUUGGGAAACUCACCCCUGACCAGUCUGGUUGGGACAGGACACUGUGCAGCUUUUGGGGGUCAACCAGUCAGCACCGGACUAUCCAACUACAACACCCCCAGGACUUAAUGCCAGCAUUGUUGUCUUAACACCCCCUCCCAUGCAGAAUGUAGACAUCUUAUCUUGAACCACUCUGCCAUGUUAGGAACUGGUGCCUAAGCUACUGUAUGUAUUAUAAAGUAUAGCUUAAAGGAAUUUGUCUGGAUUUUGGCAUUUAGGCUCUUUAUCUACUUCCCCAGAAUCAGAUGAACUUGUGGAUACCAUGUUUCUGUGUCCAGUUUGAUAACUAGCGUUAGCACCUCCAACUUCCUUCAUACACGACAUAGAAUCCACAAGCUCAUUGACUCUGGGGAAGUAGAUAAAGGAUCUCAUUGCCAAAAUAUCCCCUCAUUAUAUAGGCACAGGGGUGCUCCUAAGUUUGUAGUUCCCAGCUUCUUGCUAACUAGUCUUUGGUUUGAUUUUUAGUUCUGGCCCUUUGUGUUCCUGACUCAAGUAUAUUAAAAGCCAUCCCAGUCUUUGUUGUCACUUAGUGGUUUCUGUUACGGAGGUAAAAUGUAUGAGGACAUUCCGUAGUGGCGUAAGGACAGGAGAGAUGCAGUGUUUUAGAAACAAUUAUGAUGAGAACGAGCAGCCUUGUUUUUCUCUGGAUGUCCCCCCGGGUUUAUAAGGACACAUUGGAUACUUGGUUUCUUUCUGGGCCAGAAAGAUGACUUAACUGGCAGCACUGAAGGUAGGGUGGCCCUCCCUCCUCCACGCAGCCAAAGCACAAUAACCACCUGUGGCUCAAGGAUCAAACUGUUUCACCUGCGCUACAUAAAUUGAAAGGCAAGGUUCAUGGAGACUGCAUUCACGCUAAAUUUGUCGCGCAGUGCCUUCAAACUAUUUAUACCCCUUGACCUUUUCCACAUAUGGUAGUGUUUACAAAAUAAAAGCUGAAAUGUCAAGUGUUCUGAAGUAAAAAUGUGCAAUUAGUGGUUAACUUGAUUUUUGAAUGGUUGUUAUUCAUAAAUUCUACGAUAGAGAAUUUUCUUAGACAAAAUCCAUUUGAAUCCCACUACGUAACAAUGUGGAAUAAGUCAAGGGACGUAAAUACUUUCUGAAGGCAAUGUAUUUGUAUAUCAUUGCGACCCACGAGCCCCGGUGUUGGGGACAUUCUGUAAAUACCGGGAGGAAAUAUGUAUAUUUUAAAAGGUGAUUCUGUAUAAAUGUUUUUAGAAAAGUGCUAGGUUGGACAAAAAAAAAUAUUGUAUGUCUGUACCCAAAAUAAAAAAUACAUAUGGUUGA